AUAUAUAUGUAAGAAUUUAUAAUUAGUCAUACUCAAUCGUCAUAGCAGCAAAAUACAAGAUACCUUUCAUUAUCUUGCUGUUUCUUUCGUUUAUUAUAAUAACUUAUUAAUUUAUAGGUAACCUUUUCAAAUGGAUAACAGUCUGAGGAAUAAACAUUUAGCUAGUGGAGAAACCACUCAGAGUCGCUUAGCAGAAGCUUUAUAUGGAACACAGACUGAAAAUAAAAUGCUACCAGGAUUUGAUCAUAAUCGGGAUGAUGUUGAAUAUUACCGUGUUCAACAAGAUAUUGACUGUGACGAAGUAUAUCCUGGAAUAUAUAUUGGUGAUGCUUCCACAGCAAAAAAUAAAAAAUAUCUCAAAAUGUUGGGUAUAACACAUUUGCUUAAUGCUGCUGAAGGAAAAAGAUUUGGAUGUGUAAAUACUAAUAAGAGUUAUUAUUCUGACACAACAAUAAAAUAUCUUGGCCUACCACUUAUUGAUAUGUGUACUACAGAUAUUAGCAAGUACUUUAAUAUUAUUGCAGACUUUAUUGAUGAAGCUAUUUCCACUGGAGGUAAAGCUUUUGUUCACUGUAUGUUAGGAAUUUCACGUAGUGCAACAUGUGUGUUAGCAUAUUUAAUGAUCAAAAAAGGAAUGCUCGCCACAGAUGCAAUUCGAACAGUUCGCAAAAAUCGUUUCGUCCAACCAAAUAGCGGUUUUCUUCAUCAGUUAGCACAGUUAGAUAAUCAGUUACGAAGACAGCACUGAAUGAAUGCAACUUUGAAAUUUGUAAACAAUACAUAAUGCAUCGAAUUCUAUAGGUAUAUGUAUGUCUCUUCAUGGUAUAAACAAUUUCUGAUACAUAUCUUUGUAUAUACAAAAUGAACUCGAAAACUUGUGGUUAAAUUUUAACAUCAGUUUCAUCAUUUUAUAGAGCAUUUCUCGAGCAAGAUUUAAGUGUGUGAAACAUUAAUCUUUACAUAACAUAAAAUAAAAUCUGUGA